AUGUUACCGAAAUUAAAAUGGGAUGGUCUCGUCAAGACUGUUGCCGAGCUCGGAUUAGCGAGUCUUCCAGAGAAUGUGCCAGAACAGAUUGACGAGUCUUUUCUCAAGACGCUUCACCACAUCUUGCUGGAAACACACAUUGAACAAGGCAAGAUGACAUGUCUCAAUUGCAAUCACGUUUAUUCCAUCAAAGAUGGUAUACCGAACAUGUUACUUUCUGAGGAUGAAGUCUAG